UUACGGGGGGCAAGGCAAGUACUUCCUCUUGGGCUUGUAACUUGUUCUUAUCCUUCAAUUGAAAUCGCUCUCGAGAAAAUUAUAAAGAUAAAGAAAAAGAAAACAACGACAUAUCUGAAAAUUGUUAUUUGAUCUUCUAUAAAAUACAAUACAAUACUAGUCUUACUCUGCACACAAUACAUAAGAACAAUGGGGAUGGCAUAAUCUCAUGCACAAGAAUCAAUUGAGGGCUGCCUGAAUCACUUUUCAGAAUCAAAUUGAAGGCUGAAUGAUCAAGAAAGCUGUGAGGUAACGACUAAGGAUUUCUACUAAACCAGAGUUUGCAAGUCUUUCUCCGCGCCGAUUAUAAUGUUUGUGUUCCCAAAACCAGCCCAUGAGCCCAAUACCAGUUCUGCUGAUGCUGCGGAUGAUGCUGAACUACUCUUGAGUCUCUCAGUCUUUGGGUUCAGCCAACUCUCUGCCUCUGAUCAACAUGAGAAGACGAAAGAAAUCUAUAAAAAAAGUAGUUGAAGAUGUUGUAGUGGAGCAACUCUCGGACGAAAGUAAAGGGGAUUUCAGACCCAGAACAUUCACCGAACUAUUCAAGAAACUUCCCUUCCCUGACCAGAACCAUUUCCUGACCACAGUUAUAAAGAAAUUCAAGCGCCAGAGUCAAAUUGGGGAGUUGAUUUCUUGGUUUACUACCGAACUAGACGCCAAUGAUCAACAACAACUGAUUGGAAAAUUGAUUCAUGUCAAAGCUGAUGACGAAACCAAUGACGGUUUCAGGCUGAGAAGAUUUACUCAGCUUUGUAAGGAUUAUACUGACUAUGUUUAUAUGCACUUUGUCGCCUGCAGGGAAGAAUAUGGCACGAAACCAAAACAUACACAGCAGACAUCCGGUACUCAUGAAGGUGGUUUGGAUUGGCAGUCCCGUUUUAAUGAGUUUUUCUUAGGUUUCUCAAUUAUAUGGUUCAAGGGACAAAGUUCCCAUGGUCAAUGGCAGCUGAUUGACCAACUCUGUGAUGGAGUUAAAGGUGUUGUCGCUGAGAAGCUCGCAGACGAAAGCGACUCAGAUUUCAAACUCAGAAGAUUCACAGAGCUAUGUAAGAAAGUGGUUGACUUUGGUGUCCAAGUCCACUUCCUUGACAAAGCUGAAGAGCAGCUGCUGCACAAACGAAGAGACCUUCCUCACAGGGUGCUCGUUCAGCCCCAAGAUUCUGCCAGUGCUGCCGAAUUACUCUCGCAGCUUUCGAGUUUUGGGUUCAGCCUACUAUCCCCCAACGACCAACAAGACAAUAUUGAACGCAUCUCUAACGAACUUGCUGCCGAAGGUGUUAAUAAUAAUAUUGUCGAAAGACUUGCAGGGGAAACAGAGGAAGAUUUGAGAAGGAAAACAUUCGCAAAGCUGUUUAAUAAAGCUCCGGUGGCUACACGAGUUCAUUUAUUCGGGGCGUUUACUGAAAAAUUCUUUGUUGAAAGACGCUUAUGCGAUUCGAUUCUUUUGUUCAGGCAAUUGGAUUCUAAGGAGCAACAAGAAAAGAUUGAAAAUAUGCUUGAUCAGUUCAUGGGGUGGGAAGGCGAAGAUGUCAAAGAUGUCAUACUCGAGAGACUGUCCGAGGAAUGCGAUGAGAAUUUUAGGCUCAGAAGAUUUAUUAAGCUGGGUAGCACAUAUACAUUCCUUUUGGAUCACUUCAUAUGGGAUGAAGCAAAGAAGUGGGAUCUAAAAGGUUUAGAUAUGCAGGCGUCAGGUAAAGAAAAGAUAGAAGAAAUCAAGCAGUACCGCCAUGCUGAAUUUUACUUGGGAUUUUCAAUUAUUUGGUUCAAAGCAGUAUGUGCCAGUGAUCCGAGAAACAUCAUUCAAGUAUUUUUUGGCAAAGUUGGAGGAGGAGGUGAUCAUACAAUUGAGAAACUCGUAAACGAGACUGAGGAGGAUUUCCGGCUCAGAAGAUUUACAGAGUCGUUUGAACGACUUCAAUUCCGUUUCCAGGAGGAUCUUGUGAAAUGUAUUCAAAUGACACUAUUGCAUGAUCUAGGUGUCGGUGUUAAAUUCAUUAUGAUGGGAACUCCAAACCUAAGAGGAUCAGGAGGAGUAACAGCCGAUCAAGGAGGAGUAACAGCCGCCAACAGUAGAUGAUUUGCAGCCACGUGCACUUAGGAAAGAAGCCUUCAAAUGAUAAUUCAAAAGAUGUGGUCAAUUCCAUGCUUGUAGCAGCACUACUCUCCUUUAUUUGUAUGCAAUAUUGCGUUUCUUCUUGCCAGCAUGUGUGUUUUAUUUUCGUAUGCAAUAUUGCGUUUCUUCUUGAUUAGACGAGAAAUGCAAAAUGUCUAUAUUAUGUGUGUUUCCUAAUUUCAAUGGGAUAUGACAAGCUCUAUCUUUUUGUAAUUUAUGCACUGAAAGCCUAUAUUGGUAUGCUA